AUGAGAGCUGCAGCACAUUACCUAAAUAAUCUCAAACUCAUUCCCAUUUUGUUAUUCUUUGUUUUUCUUCUCUUAUUGAUAUUUGGAUUAAGUUUCCAAUCUUCCCAGCAAAUUUCUUCAUCAACAAAUCCUCAAAACUCAGAUUCUCUUGAAGAGAAACAAUCAAGAAGUUGUCCAACGCCUCCUCUAUCACCCACUUGCACCAAAAUCACCCCUUCUUUAGCACACGCUAUGGUUCACUAUGCAACCUCUAACAUCACGCCGCAACAAACUCCCAAAGAAAUCUCAGUAUCCCAAAGAAUACUUGACAAAAAGUCACCCUGCAGUUUUUUAGUCUUCGGAUUAGGCCACGACAGCCUUAUGUGGACUGCACUCAACUAUGGUGGGCGCACAGUUUUCCUCGAAGAAGACAAGUCAUGGAUCGAACAGAUCAAGAAGCAGUUACCAUCCUUAGAAUCAUAUCAUGUAGCGUAUGACACUAAGGUCACUCAAGCUGAUGAACUCCUUGAAAUUGGCAUAAAAGAAGAAUGUAAUGUUGUUAGUGACCCCAGAUUUUCAAGAUGUAAACUUGCUCUAAAGGACUUGCCUAAUGAAGUGUAUGAUAUAGAAUGGGAUUUAAUAAUGGUUGAUGCGCCAACCGGAUACCAUGAUGAGGCACCGGGAAGGAUGAAGGCAAUUUAUACAGCCGGAUUGAUUUCUAGGAAUAGGGAAAACGGUGAGACUGAUGUAUUUGUGCACGAUGUGGAUAGGGUGGUGGAGGAUAAAUUCUCAAAGACCUUUCUGUGUGAAGGGUACUUGAGAGAACAAGAAGGAAGGAUAAGGCAUUUCACUAUUCCAAGUCACAGGGUAGACCUGGCUAGACCUUUCUGUCCGUAG